GUCAGCAGACGACAUUGUUUGGAGGAUACAUGAGUGUCAUAUAUGAAAAACUUUAGUGACAGCACUCACGACGGGAAUCCUAUCCGUUUGCUUGAUCUCGGCUGGAAAUUAUAGGGGCUGACGAGUUAUCAAUUUAGUCACACUACGCCUGCAUAUUUCAUUUGCCUAAUAACCAGUAAACACUACUUAAAAUUGGAUUGUACUAAGCUCAUCUUCUGUAACAUGUGGAUAUUUGGAUUAAUUUCAAAAUACAAUUGAUCUGCUCGAACCGAGUGAACUGCUGUAGAAACUCAUCAGUUAAAACUUCUCAAACAGUGAGCUAGGAUUUGAUACAAUUUCGUGUAAGCCGAGAGAAAAUUUGUCAACACCUUCUCAUUUUGGUUGAUGGAAAAACACGGCGAUAGCGACCACAGACAGAACAUAAACAGAAACUUUGGAAACAAGAAACCAAAAGCAUCAAUUCUCACCGGAUAAGCUUGCGUACAGAGAUAGAUUUAUUCUCGGAUCAAAAGUUGCUAUUUAUGAACGGGAACCUGGAUUGUCUUUCUAGCCAUCUUGACUUUCUUGUCUAUAGACGUAAAUACUCGAGACCAUCACGGACUACAUCCCCAACAACAACACCUUUUGAUGUUAAAAGUGCAGUUUCAUGCUAAAACUCGAAUUUGAUAUACUUUCUUCAGGUAACAAACACACGUUCCAGUAUAUCGGAUUCUCAUUCGGAAACGUUAUAAGUCGUACGAUUUAGUGAACACACAAAGAUGAACAAAAAAUAACCCGCUAGACAACACAUAAAAUUGGAGGGUUUACAUUAGCGAAUGUACAGAGAGCUUUGCGGUGGAUUUAUAUGGUUUAAAAGCUUUUUAUGUUUUAGUUCAAAGACUUGUAAGAAGGUGAGGAGUUAGGGCAUAUAUGAUGAAGCUACGUUCAGGGGCAGUGCUCAUGAUGGGGUUUGCGUUUACCCUGGGUCUUUUCCUUGGGUUAGUACUCCAACUCCCUGGUGUCAGCAUCCACAAUUCCCCUAGUUCACCCCGAUGGAGACCUAUUGACCCAUACAACGCAAAAUUGAAUUAUCAUAAAAGAAACGAUGACCAGCCUUCGGGUAUGUUAUAUUCACGAACCAGUGACAGUGAUAGAUUGAGGUCCGAGGGGUUUGGUUCUAUUGAGCCAUUGGACGCUUUGAAACGUUUGCCACAAAGAGAUUUAUUGGUGAAUAGAGAACGGAGGUCCUGGAGCAGAAAAAAUGUCGAUGACACCUCGGACAAAUUAGAGAAUAAUAGACGGUCAUUUCUGAUUAAUGAGUUUAAACACUCACAAGUUAUUAAAGAUCAAAAUCAGUUAGAGUCACUGGAGAUCUCGUCACCCGCGGAGGGUUUUAACACACAUGAUGUAACCGAUGACGCGUCGGUCAAUAAUUAUGUGAAUAGUGCGGGUAAUAUUGAAAAGGUUGAAGGGGUGAGUGAUGAUGGCCUAGCCAAGGCAGAUAAGUUCAAAGUAGUACAAUAUAUGAAAAUCUAUGGCAGUAAUAAAUUACCCCCCGAGAGAACCAAACAGCAUUCACCCUCCGAACCAAAGAAAAUGCCAUAUAGUGAUAAACUGUCCGACAUUGUGUCUGGAGUAUUAUGGGCGGACGCCAUAGAGCGAAUUAUCCCCGCAGGGUUCAGUAAAGAUGAUACCCUUGCGUGGAGAGCAGUUGUUGCAAAUGGUUCCGUGAGUCGCAUGGUUGAGGGAACCGACUGCGGACGCAUGCAGAACCGCCGGAUAUGGUAUAGUGAUGGACAGAGCGCAUGCGCGAGAUACCGUAUUAAUAUGGAGCAGCUUCAAGGAGAAAUAUUCAGUUUUUAUCUAAGCAGACUCCUAGGUAUAAACCAUGUACCCCCUGCUGUAAUGACAACAGUCGAUUCAAAAAUUGACAAAUGGUCGAACGUCCGAAAUGACAUCGACUCAGCCCAGUGGAGCCGGGAUAAGCCGGUGAUAAUCUCACAGUGGGUGAACAAUUUAACUCCAGCGUUCAUCCCCUCCGAGUUCCAGCACAAUGACUCUAGUCUUAUCCCCGCCAAUCUUCUUACGACUAAGUCCAGCUCAGAGCUUGUUGAACUGGCUCAGUGGUCUGAUCUUGUCAUAUUUGACUACCUAACCGCCAAUGUAGAUAGAGUAGUCAACAAUAUGUUUAAUAGACAGUGGAACCCCGAUAUGAUGCAAAGCCCUGCACAUAACCUAGAAACAUCCACUAAAAAUAACUUUUUAGUUUUUAUAGACAAUGAACUAGGGCUACUUCAUAGUUACAGACUGUUAGAUCGCUAUGAUCAUUUCCACGAACACUUACUGGCGUCCGUUUGCAUUUUUCGGCGACGCACCGUCAAACAAAUUGAAUCUCUCCAUAAACAGAAAAAUAUAGCGCUUCUAUUGCGAACUUUGUUUGAACAGAGUGAAAAGCUGCAUAAUAUGGUGCCAUUUAUUCCAAACAAAAACCUAUCAAUACUGCAAAAUAGAAUAGAUAAAGUUUAUAAACAGAUUCAAAGUUGCAAAACGAAAUAUCACACGUGAGUCACGUGGUGUUAAAUAAUUGUUAUCCCGACGUGGUUGUGUUUCGAAAGUGUUUAUUUUUGUUAUUUAUUGUUGCUUUUUAUUAAAUAUUUAUUGUAUAUUUUGUACACAUCACAUUGUACACAUCGUGCACCUUGCUGUGAGUUCAUUAUAAUAGGCUUUAAAAUAUAAACUCAGAUAAUUGUUAAGCCUAUGAAUCAUAUCUAAACACCAGACAGAGCAUUAGCGUAAUAACGCGCAACUUUUCGUUUUGGAAUUUUGAAAUGUUUUGGUUCGAAAAUAUUUAAUUAGACAUCAAAGUGAGUAUAGAUUCAUAUAAAUCAUGUAAAUGGAAGUGGAGAAAAAUAAAGCACGUUCAAUUAUUUUUUGAAAAAAGUUGAGAUGGAAUAAUCGCG